AAUUAUAAUCUCUGCAUUGCACCCCCUGAUAUCGAUCAUUACAUUUUAAUUCCUUAAGCUGCACAGUAUAGUAGUUCAUGGGAGACUCCUCUGCUUCAUACAUACACAUGGUGCACCACCUUAUUGAGAAGUGCUUGAUUUUUCAUAUGACAAAACAAGAGUGCAUCGAAGCUCUCUCCAAACAUGCAAAUAUUACGCCUGUCAUCACCUCCACAGUUUGGAAUGAGCUAGAGAAAGAGAACAAAGAAUUCUUCGAAGCUUAUGGUCGAUCGAAAAGCAAAGAUGAUGAUAGAAUGUCGGAGGAAGAAACAAGUAAAAUGAUACAGAAGAUGAUCUCAGAAUCAGAAUCAGAAUCCUCUACUAAACAUUCUGAUGAUUCAAUUAAAUAAUAAUAAUAAUAAAUAAAUAAUAAUAAUAGUAAUAAUAAUAGAUUCUUUCCUUUCUGAUAUAUAAUUGGUAUUAUUGGCUCCCUUCCAAGAAAAUCCACUCACUCCAAAACAAACACAAUUUGAUGUACGUGUGGUCCAUAAUUACAAUAUGGAAUUAUAUGUAACAACUCAUGCUCUAUAUGCCACAUCAAUGCCUUAUCAACAUUUCAUAUAUUUGUAUA